AUUCUCGUGAACGUAAAGUAUUGUUCAUCAACAUCUACAAGUCUGUUUUCACUUUUUGGAAUAAGUUUCAGGUAUAGAGAGGCUUGAUACUUCUGGCAUGACAUGCCUGGGCGUGAUCUACGGUCUCAUGCAGGAUCAUACGGAUGAACGACGAUAAACACUCUUUUAUUAGCCUAAAAGCCAAAGUGCCACGACACCGCUAUCUGCUUCCUAAACUGUUCGGGAUUCUGCAACGACGUUUCAGGGAAUGUCCGAUAGACCUUAUUCCGUUUGACACAGAGAUACAGGAUCUCUAUGAAACGUUCUUCAGAGGUCUACGGGAACUUCUUCAGGCCCCCAAGAACGAGAUCCUAAAUCCUAAUGGCAACGGCGACUUGUUCAGAAGUCUGUGGUAUACCAUAACGGAAUGGAGCACGCAGCUUGCGGUCGUUCUAGCACGAUGCGACUCUGAGUGUCUCGACGAGUCCGCCAUUUGGGUCGUCUUGGAGGAGCUCAUCUAUUGUCUCCUCCGCGCCGACGAAAAGUAUUCUCGUGAAAUAACAUGUGGGCCAUACAUCCUCCAUCACCCCGCUUCUGUACAUCAAAGCGAUCCAAAAUUACCGCCCGCUACUUCACCUCGAAUUUCUCCCUUGAAAAGCCCCUCCUGCGCUUUUUUCAAAGUGUCGCGAAUACACCGCAUCGACAGGAUAUGCGCCAUUCCCCGGCCACAGCUCAUAGUCUCAUGAUGUCAUGUUUCCGGCACAUCAUCACACGCGUCCAGGAUCCUACCAUCUCUUUUGAUGCGCGCCUCCGUGUUCACACCUUUGUCUGCAUUGUUUCCUUGUCAUCAGACAGAUAUAACCGGAUAUUUCUUGCCAAUAGAGCGCUCUACUGGCUGUCCCUUAGCAUUACG